AUUUAACUGGCUCAUUGCUCAAUACAUAUCUCGUCGUGGGUCCUUGUUAAUCUCUUCUCCACCGUUGAACCAUAGUUUAAAAUAUCCACCGUUAAAAGCCCCUUUAUAUCCCAAGAAAUAGGUGAACUUGUUACAGAACAAGCAAAGAUCAAAGAGAAAAAUAUCCCAAAACCAAAAACAGAGGAAGAAAGAAGAAGAAAAGAUGCCUUCAAGCACAUUCUCCGGGACUGUUAGCACGCCGAAGCUGUCGGUGGCAGUGGACAUGGGAAACCCUUUUCUCAAUCUCACCGUUGAUGCCUUCCUCAAGAUCGGAGCUGUUGGAGUCACUAAAUCUCUUGCAGAAGACACUUACAAGGCCAUCGACAAAGGGAGUCUCUCCAAGAGCACUUUGGAGCAUGCGCUUAAGAAGUUGUGUAAAGAAGGUGUUUACUGGGGAGCUGCUGGUGGAGUGUACAUUGGAACAGAAUACGGAAUCGAACGUAUCCGUGGCAGCAGAGAUUGGAAAAACGCAAUGUUAGCAGGCGCGGCGACAGGAGCAGUGCUCUCAGCGGUUGGUAAGAAAGGCAAAGACACUAUUGUGAUCGAUGCCAUUCUUGGUGGCGCGCUUGCAACCGCUUCUCAGUUCGUUAACAAUCAUUAUUUCUACUGAUUCUCCAUCUUCCUUUAGGGACCAAUUUGGUUCAUAUGGUGUGGAUUCCUUUGUUUACUCUUUAAAUAAUAAUAAAAAACAAUGUAGUGUUUUUGAAAUGAAUACAUUCGAGUAUUGUUGACGUUAAAUAUGCAAUUUAGCUAUUUUCAAUAUGAGAAAUGCCUCGAAAUAUGAAAAUUUGUAUAGAGAGUAGUAAUGAUUUUGUGGUUUCUAUAAAACUCUCUAAUGUGUAUACUCAACCAUAACGAGUUGUCCGAUGUGUAUUUAGCAACUAUCACUAUAGUUAAAGAGAGAGAGUAAUUAAGUCUUUGCCCA